AUGUUUUCUUCUAAUUUGAUUAGUUUCAUUCUUAAUGAUUCUGAUUCAGAUGAUGAUAUGGAGAUUACAAUAUCUACCAUUGGAGAGUUGCUCAACAAAAAAAGAAAAAUAUCACGACAUGGAGGUUCAGUUUUUGGUCAUACUGUUAUUUUGCGUAACCGAGUUCAUGGACACAAUAAGCUUUUUCAUGACUAUUUUGGAGAUAAUCCUGUAUAUUCUCCAAAUUUAUUUAGAAGAAGAUUUCGAAUGAGUCGACCUCUAUUUCUGCGUAUUCAAUCCGCUAUAGAAGCUCAUGAUCCAUAUUUCAUUCAAAAAAGGGAUGCAACUGGACAUUUAGGUUUGUCUUCUCUUCAAAAGAUCACUGCUGCGUUGCGAAUGCUUGCUUAUGGAGUUACAGCAGACUAUGUUGAUGAAUACGUAAGAAUUGGUGAGGGUACUGCCAUUGAAAGUCUAAAAAAAUUUGUUAAAGCAAUCAUUUCAAUUUUUUCAGAGAAGUACAUGAGGUCUCCAAAUAAGAUGGAUACGGAUAGAUUGUUAAAAGAUAAUGAAAGUCGUGGAUUUCCUGGGAUGUUAGGAAGUAUUGACUGUAUGCAUUGGAAAUGGAAAAAUUGUCCAGUUGCAUGGAAAGGAAUGUAUGUUGGCCAUGUUCGUGAGCCAACUAUAAUUCUUGAAGCUAUAGCUUCACAUGAUCUUUGGAUAUGGCAUGCAUUCUUUGGACUACCAGGGUCACAUAAUGAUAUAAAUGUGUUAGAUCGAUCUUUUGUAUUUUCAGAACUUGUUGAAGGACGAUCCCCCCCAGCUAACUAUUCAGUCAAUGGCCAUGAUUAUUCAAUGGGGUACUAUCUUGCUGAUGGCAUUUAUCCUUCAUGGUCAACAUUUGUGAAAACAAUUCCAUUUCCACAAAGUCAUAAGCAUAGGCAAUUUGCUGCAGCUCACGAGUCAACAAGAAAAGAUGUUGAACGAGCAUUUGGAGUAUUGCAAUCAAGGUUUGCCAUUGUGCGUGGACCAGCACGUUUUUGGCAUCGUGAAACUCUAAAAGAUAUUAUGAAAGCUUGCAUCACAUUACCUAAUAUGAUUAUUGAAGAUGAGAGACAUAUUCAAAACUUAGAUUAUAAUUACGAUACACAGAAAAUAUAG